AUGAGUUGUCAAAAUUAUUAUAGUCGAGAUGUAAUUAACCCUGAUGCUAUCAAGCCUUUUUUAUUACUGCAUAUUCCAUCAACAGAACGGACAAAAAUGACGCUCAUGAACCAGCUACCACAUCAACUUCGACAACAACGUCAACAACAUCAUCAACAACAUCGUCAACAACAACGUCAACAACAACGUCAACAAUAUCAAGUUAAACCGAAAUUCGACAAAUGGAAACUAAAUGCCACCACUGUGGCUGGUGGAAAUGGACUAGGACAAAAAUUAAAUCAACUCUAUGCUCCUGCUGGAAUCUCUAUUGAUGAAAAGAAAAAUAUUUUCAUUGCUGAUCUACAGAAUCAUCGUAUUAUUGAAUGGCAAUAUAAUGCAAAGGAAGGUCAAAUCAUUGCAGGUGGAAAUGGGCAAGGAGAUCGAAUGGAUCAAUUGUCUUUUCCAACAGAUGUGAUUGUUCAACAAAAUCAUUCGAUCAUCAUUGCUGAUUAUGGGAACGGUCGAGUGAUUCGAUGGGUGAAUCAAAAGCAACAAAUUCUUAUUCAGAAUAGUAACUGUUUUGCCUUAGCAAUGGAUAAACAUGGAUUUCUUUAUGUUUCUGGUCCUCAGAACGAUGAAGUGAGACGAUGGAAAAUGGGAGAAUAUGACAACGAAGGAAUUGUAGUGGCAGGUGGAAAUGGACAAGGAAAUCAACUCAAUCAACUCGUUUUUCCAGGUUUUCUCUUUGUUGAUGAAGAACAAUCUGUUUAUGUAUCAGAUAGAAGCAAUUAUCGUGUGAUGAAAUGGAUAAAAGAUGCAAAAGUAGGAAUAGUUGUGGCUGGAGGAAAUGGUCAAGGAGACAAUCUCAAUCAAUUGGUUUCACCUCAAGGAGUCAUUGUUGAUGAUCUGGGUCAAAUUUAUGUGGUAGAUCAUGAGAAUAGUCGAGUAAUGCGUUGGUGUGAAGGGAAAGAAGAAGGUGAAAUUGUUGUUGGUCAAUAUGGCAGAGGACUUCAAUCAAAUCAAUUGAAUUAUCCCCAAGGUCUAUCUUUUGAUGAUGAAGGAAAUCUUUAUGUUGCUGAUUCUCAUAAUCAUCGAAUUCAAAAAUUUGAAGUACUUUUAUGA